CCACCAUCUCGCACGUCUGUCCCGCGCCUAUUGCCUGAGCGCGUCGUCUCCGCUUCCCGCUCGCCGGCCGGCCUGCUGCGUGACCGAGACGCUUGCACCGUGCGCGCCGCGCAUGGCCUAUCCUCCACGUCCAGCCGGCCGCAGCGCGACCUCCACCAUGCCCGCAGCGCUCCCGGACGAGCCGAGUGCUGCGCCGGCAUUCGCCGCCGAGGCUGCCGCUGAGGCCGCACCGCUUUCAGCGCUGGGGCCGCCAUCGAGCGCAUACCUCUCGCGCAUCGUGCUCGUGUCGACGCUGGGCGGCCUGCUCUUCGGCCUCGACACGGGCAUCGCGUCGGGCAUGCUCGUGUCGCUGCGCAGCGACCUGGGCCACGUGCUGAGCGCACGCGAGCAGGGCGUCUUCGUGUGCGCCACGACGGUCGGAGCCAUCGCUGGAGCACUGGGUGCGGGCAAGCUGGCCGACUGGCGCGGGCGCCGCAGCGCGAUGAUUGUUUCGUCCGUCUUCUUUGCGCUCGGCUCCAUCGAGCAGGCGGCGUCGCAGGUGCUGCGUGAGCUCGUGCUGGGGCGAGCGCUCGUCGGCGUCGGCGUGGGCAUGAGCAGCAUGGUCGUGCCGACGUUCCUCGCCGAGUGUGCGCCGGCCGACGUGCGCGGGCGCAUGGUCGGCGCCAACAGCCUGCUCGUCACGGGCGGCCAGGUGCUGGCGUACGCGGUCGCAGCGCUCUUCUACACGCUGCCGCACUCGUGGCGCUGGAUGGUGCUGCUCGGCGCCGUGCCGGCGCUGGCGCAGCUCGCCGGGCUGUGGACGCUCGACGAGUCGCCGCGCUGGCUCAGCGCCCACGGCCGCCAUGUGCAGGCGCGCGCCGGCGUCGUGAAGCUGUAUCCGACGGCGAGCAGCGAGGCCGUUGAUGCCUACCUGCGCGGCUUUGAGCGCGGGCACGAGGAGCGGGUCGACAAGCGGGGCGCGCUCAAGGAGCUCUUCCAGAGCAGCAACGGCCGCCGGGCGCUGGCGCUCGCCUGUGGCCUGCAGGCGGCCCAGCAGCUCUGCGGCGCCAACUCGAUCCUCUACUUCUCCUCGCGCCUCUUGCUCAUGGCCGGCUUCUCGGCGAACCCCAACGUGCCGGCGCUCGGCGUGGCCGUGGGCAACUUUCUCGGCACCUGCCUGGCGCUGCGCCUCGUCGACCGGCUCGGGCGGCGGCGCCUGCUGCUCGGCGCCACGGCGGCGGCCAGCGUGGCGCUGAGCAUGCUGGCCGUGUCGCUGGGGCAGAUCCGCAUGAAGGACGUCGUGGAUGGGCAGGGCGACGGGCCGGCGGGCGAGCAGGCCGGCGCCUGGGCCUACGUCAGCCUCGUGAUGAUGAUCGCCUUCAUCUUCAGCUAUGCACUCGGCCUGGGCAUCAUCCCGUGGCUCGUGCAGUCUGAAAUCUUCCCGGGCCGCCUUCGCGGUGUCGGCGGGGGUCUCGCAACGGCGACCAACUGGACAUGCAACCUGCUCGUCGCGGCCACAUAUCUCGAUCUCGUACGGCUCAUCACGCCGCAGGGCACCUUCUGGGGCUACGCCGGCAUCGCAGCCCUCUCGUGGGGCUUCACCUACGUCUACCUGCCCGAGAUGGCCGGCGUCGAGCUCUCCGACGCCACGCGGCUCUUCGACGCCGAGCAGGCGCAUCACCGAGGCGCUGCGCAGGGAGAGUACGAGCCGCUGCGGCCAGACGGCGAGGAGUGGGAUGCAGAGGACGACGAGCCGAGCAUACGGCCUGUCGCACGGCCCGUAGACGGCGCAGACUCAUGAGAGACAUGUCAUGCUUCGAUAAGUUCUC